GGGAUAGUGAAGGUGUCAGACGGGGUCUCUCGGAUUACGGCUGCAGAUGACUCCGGUGGGAAGCCCUGCUGCGUCGUGUCGUGUCUGCCUGGGUUUUCCCGUCUUCCCGUGGCCCCUGUGACACAGCCGUGUGCGGCAGCUGAAGCUUGAAAGAGGAUGAGGUGAGGAGAGGUGUGAGGAGAGGUGAAGACAGGUGAGGGGGAAACCUUGGAAAGCAGUCGGGAGAAAAGAAAGCUGCACACCGCCUCCCUUCUUAUAUAAUCGUCCGAAUGAGUUGGCGGGCUGGCGUGCAGCAAAGGUCGGCAUGGCCCCGAAUUUAAAAUGUCCCAAAUGCAUGUCCGCCAUGUCCGCCAGGGGCCCAGAGCGCGGUAUGGAUGCGAGACCCUGGCUAAGGCAUUCACUGAUUACUCCUCCCCACAGUACACAAUCUCUAGUACACUGCCCAUUUCCGCGCCCGCCAACCACUCACUCGCCCAGCACCAAGCAGAACGCUGCAUACUCUGCAUAUUCUCCCUCCGUUUUUGCAUCCUCACCGGGACGCCCGUGUAAGGUCGCAACGCACAUUGGCGAGCAGUGCGGUUGUGUGCUGUCAAAAGCGGGCUCUGGUCGACGGCCGGCGUCCAAUCAAGCCCGCUUCCAAGUUGUCCGCCCUCCGCCAUGGCCGACCGGCGAGUUGACCAGUGCUGCUGUGCUCACUCAGUCCAGUAAUGAUGAAUGCAGUACAUCAACAGGGCCGCCGACGGCGGGACGCCGCGUCCGGCCUAGGCAUAGCAAGUUAUGCUGUCUGGGGCUUCUCGUUGCUCCCUGGAGGGUUGCUCGUGGUACCUAGGUAUGCAUAUCCGAAUGAACAUGUGGUGCUCGGGGGUUGGAGGUCAGCCGAGCUGGCCAUGAGGCUUUGCGACAAUAAAUAUGGAUUUUAAAACUUCAAGGUUCAUGCCGGGGGAGCCGAUCCACAGAUCGAUAGGUCGAUAGGUCGAUGGGUCGAUAGGCGUAUGGGGAUGGCCGGGGAUUUUACAUGUGGCGGCUGUUUUCCGACCCCAGAUGAUCAAACCAGUACAAUUGCCAAGCCAUGUCCUUUUUCUUGAGAGCCAAUCAAAGCGCGGAUUAGUGAACCUUUAGCACGGCGUCACCAGCGUUCAUAAUCCCGGCCACAGACGACAACGCUCAAUCAUUCACUCUCGUUGCGGCUCUGGGCGACAGCCGUCGGGUACGGUCUCAUGUUUCGUAGUAACCAAGGUCAGAGAACCGACUGGGCUGUCGUCCUGGAACCUCCAUGUCUACUUUCAAAGGCAUCAUUGCCGGUACAAAUCCCCCUCGUUAGUUGU